AACAGUCAGAACUUCCUGUUUAGUUCACUUCUCUGCAGCACUAGCUAUGCAGAUGGGCAGCAUUUACACUAGGCUGUAGAAACCCUUGGAGCAGCUAGGGCACCUACGAUGAUAAUGCUGAUUGUGCUAAUAGGAGUACAGAUUCUACUCGACACACCUCACACUCCGAAAGAUGUCCGGUGACGUUCUCUACUCCUCCGUGAGGUUUUCUCAAAAGAAGAAAGGAAAGCGAGCAGCUGAUGGAACCAGCACAGGAAAGGAAGAUGAUGUCACCUACGCUACAGUGAAGUUUGGAGAAGCUCAGAGUCGCCAGCAACAGCAAGCAGCCUCCAGCAGCACAGCGGACCCCACUGCUGGUAAAGCUCCUCCAUACAGACAGGCUGCAUUGGUCCUGGCAGGGCUGUGUGCUCUCUCAGUGGCUGCCAAUAUAUUCCUCACAGUCUACUAUAUUGGAUCAUUGGAUCAGCUGAAGACAGAGAUCCAGAACUUGAGUAGAAACUACAGCGAUCUACAGGGCACCUUCAACAAUCUCAAUGCACAGCAAUCUGAAUGCAUGGCUCAGAACAACAGACUCCAGUCGCAGUGUUCAGAAUGGGAAGAGAAAUACUCAGCGUUGGAUCAAUGUUGUCCUGUCACAGAUACAGCUUCAAAGAAGCGGGUUUGUAAAGCCUGUCCACUGAACUGGGUGGAGUCCAAUGGAAAGUGCUACUACUUCUCAACUGAUACAAUGGACUGGAACUCCAGCUGGGCUAGCUGUGUGUCGAUGGGAGCAGACCUGGUGAUUAUAGAGAGCGAGGCAGAGCAGGUACGAUGAAUAACUUUACUGUUGCUUUUCAAUUGGAUAUGUUUAAUCCAUUGUCAUACAGUUCUAUAUUAAUGUGUCGUGACCGAGGUUUUACAUUAACUCCUGAAUACAGCACAUUCUCCCAAGUCCCUUCUUGUUUUGCUGAUUUUGUGUUUUGGUUUCCAGUCACAUUCUAACUAUAAUGAUUCACUCAACACAUAGCUGAGAAUACAAACUUGUUUAUUGAUUUGCACACAUGUACUAUCAUUCUUAUACUGCCACAUGUCUCAAUAGACUCCUUCUAAUAACACACCCAGCAUCCUCUAGGGCAGUGAUUACCAACCUGUGGUUUGUGAGUUAACUCCAGGUGGUCUGGAAACAACUCUCAAAAUUCACUUCCGCAGUUCUUGCAAAAAAAACAUUUCUACACAAUCGCAUGUUGUGCUUCUACAAUAUGUAUUAUUAAGCAACACAACAAACCACACUUUAACCUCAUUAUAUAUUAUAAGAUAUGUAUGUAGUCUGCUUUUUUCCCCCUUUAUCUGUUUUCUUUUAUUACGGGUGUGUUACAGAAUUACAGCUCCCUUUGAUGCAAUACCAAGCAACGCCUUCAAAGCUGCCAUUA